AUGACCUUCAGGUGGCUGCGUAGCAACAACAAGGAGAAGCAGACGAGCGAGUGGAGCACGAAGGACGUACAGCGCUUCUUCCGAGAGCAGCACCUCGAGGAGGUGGCGGUGGCGGCCAAGAAGGCCAAGCUGUGCGGCAAGCAGCUCCUGCGACACGAGCCCAGCGAGGCCAAGGAGCUGGCCCAGCUCUACGCCAUGCUGGGCGUCACUCGCCUCGGCCAGAAGAAGAAGCUACGGUCGGCCCUCAUCCACCUUCGCCAGCAGAGCCUUUCCGAGGACAAGACCCCCAAGGCUGACUUCUCCCUUAGCGACACCACCAUCACGAAGGUGUCGUCGUCGACCUGGUCGCCGGUCGUGCCUUCGCGCCGGGUGCGCUCGGGCUCAGGCUCGAGCUUUGGCACGCCCUGCGCCUCGGGCGAGUCCACGCCGUCUUCGUACCACACGCCUCAGUCGUCGCCGCCGUCCACGCCCGUCCGCCUGCGCUCGCUGUCCGACGCCGCCGACCUGGCCCAGCGGCUCGACGACGUCACCAACCUGUCCGAGGCCUCCGCCUUUCUCCACCGAAACUCUGUCGUCACCGUCAAGGCCGCCCUGCGUCGCCGCGCGACCCAUAACAAGUCGGUGGUCGCCUACGACGAGGUCGACGUGUCGCUGCUGCGGCUUGAUGUGGGGAGCGGAUCCCGGCAGCUGCAGUACGCGGACCUGGUCGAGGAGGUGGCGCGCGUGCAUGGCUCGGUGGCCACGAAGAAGAUGAAGAUCCGGUACACGGACGGCGAGGGUGACGAGGUCACAAUCCUCGGCGACGACGCGCUGCGCUACGCCUUCCGCGACUGGCGACAGCGUGUGCAGGCCACCCCGCCGGGCAGGCUCGCACCGAGCUGGCGGCUCUGCCUCGACGGCGAUGACGAAGACGAGGGCCACCACCUCAGCAACUACGACGAAGACGUGCCCAUCUUGCCGUGUAAAUAA